AUUUUGACGUAGACCUUUAGGGUAAACUAAAGUAAGGAUAACUAAGGGUAACCACUCAAUUUUCAUUCAAAGUUUUGCUUUUUAUAAGUUCAGAAACCAGAAUCUCCAACUCUUGCCGUGCUUUCGUCUUCUACAUAAUUAAUGUUGAGAGUUUCACUUCUGCUAUGUUUUCUUCUUACCAUAAAAAGUGUUUCUUCAAGCACUGAUAACUUUUGCAGAGAUGACUUCCCAUCGGCACCGGCCUUUGUGUUUGGUGCUUCCUCCUCUGCUUAUCAGGUGGAAGGUGCUGCAGCCGAAGAUGGCAGGACCCCGAGCAUCUUGGACACAUUUGCGCAUGCUGGUCAUUUUCAUGGAGCUACUGGAGAUGUAGCAUGUGACGCGUAUCACAAAUAUAAGGAAGAUGUUCAACUAAUGGCAGAUACUGGAUUAGAGGCAUAUAGAUUUUCCAUCUCAUGGUCAAGACUUAUCCCAAAUGGAAAAGGACCUGUCAAUCCAAAGGGUCUACAAUAUUACAACAAUCUUAUUGAUCAACUAAUCAGCCAUGGAAUCCAACCACAUGUUACUCUACACCAUAGUGAUCUCCCACAGGCACUUGAUGACGAGUAUGGAGGAUGGGUUAGCCGAAAGAUUGUAAAAGACUUCACUGCGUAUGCAGAUGUGUGCUUCAAAAAUUUCGGGGAUAGAGUUUUGCAUUGGACUACUAUGAAUGAACCUAAUGUUUUUGUACUUGCGGGUUAUGAUGGUGGAUAUCUUCCACCACAACGAUGUUCAAUUCCAUUUGGUCUCAACUGCUCUAGGGGUAACUCCUCAACAGAACCAUACUUGGCAACGCAUAAUAUCUUGUUAUCUCAUGCAUCGGCUGCUAGAUUGUACAAGAAAAACUACCAGGAUAAACAACGUGGGUUUAUAGGAAUCAACCUUUUUGCCUUUUGGUUUUUUCCUCAAAAAAAAACCAUUGAAGAUGAACUAGCAGCCCAAAGAGGCCUCGACUUCUAUAUUGGUUGGUAUUUGAAUCCUUUGGUGUUUGGAGAUUACCCUGAUGUAAUAAAAAAAAAUGCAGGCUCUAGAAUUCCUUUCUUCACUAGGCUUGAGUCUCAAAGUGUCAAGGGUUCGUUUGACUUCAUAGGAUUUAAUUAUUAUACCGUCGUACAUGCCAAGGACAACUCCAUCAGCUUAAAGAGUACAAACAGAGACUAUCAUGCUGACUCAGCAGUCAAGAUGACACUUCCGAAACGUAAUGAGUCAUCAUCAUUCGAGUAUCCAAUAGCUCCCUGGGGCCUGCAAAGACUGUUGGAAUAUAUGAAGCAAAAUUAUGGCAAUCCUCCUGUAUAUAUCCAUGAAAAUGGUCAACAAACUGCACGCAAUUCAUCAUUGGAGGAUAGGUCGAGGAUAAAAUAUGUGCAGGGACAUAUCCAAGCUUUGCUUGAAGCUGUAAGGAAUGGAUCAAAUGCCAGAGGCUAUUUUAUAUGGUCCUUCUUGGACUCCCUUGAGCUAUUGGGCGGCUAUGAAUCAAGCUUUGGCCUAUACUACAUGGAUUUGGACGACCCUGAUUUAAAAAGACAACCCAAACUCUCUGCUCAUUGGUACUCCCAAUUUCUAAAGAGCAAGAACCUCACCAGCUUAGAUGGAUUUCUUGAAUCCCUUUCCCAUGGUUACCAUUCUCAGUAAACUUUAUUUUACAUAGUAAAAUACUUAUGUUUAGAGCUUGUAGCUUAAGUGGUUAAGAGCACAUACCCCUCUCCUCCAAUAUUGCUUGUAUCCAAAAUAAUUAUGCAACAUUAAGAUACAUCACUUUCAGUGGCGAAGUCAAGAAUUAUGUCAAGGAGGGUCAACUUUUAAUA